GGUGAUGAAGGCAGAAUUAAAUGAGGCCGGGCUGGAUUGAAUGGAUUCUCCCUGGAUACUGGAGGUGGCAAGAAAUGUUUCCAGCAGGUGCCCCUUAGAGAGAGCAGAGCAUGAGCACUGCAUACAGAGGGCACUCUAGUCUCCGUUUGAGCUGACCCACUGUGAGACUGUAUCCUUUUUAUACUUUUCAGUUUAAAAAAAGUCUACUUUUUGUCUGAAAGGUCUUAGACAUGGACAACUUUCUCUGGAACUCACCAUUCACUGGCUGAAGAAACCAUUAGGUAUCCUGUCAAGCUUAUUGGACUGUUCUAAGGAGUUGUUCUGGAUGAACAAAAAUAAGGUGGAGAAAAUAGAUACAGUAGAGAUACAGAUGGAGAAGUGCCAUAAAUGAAAGCUGAGAUGAGGAGGUGAAAAUGAACAUGGGCUAAAAUUUUUCAGUAGGUUUGGUUGUUUUUUUUUUAGUACAUGUAAGUAGCUAAAACUGCUCUUAGAGAAAAGGAUGAAUUGGAAUGAGGAGGACGGUGAAUUACUAGGGAAAUUAAAGGACAUUGUAUAAAAGUAAAGGACUACAUGGUGUUAAGGUAGCAAAGAAACAGGAUGUCAAGUGUGGAUGAGUCAAGGGAUUAUGGUGCUGUUGUCUGACAUAUUUCUCUCUUCCAAAAGCUAUUCAGGCUUAGUAAAAGUACUGUUAACUUUGUUGUCUGAGGGAGGAAGGUAUUCAAACUCUGCUCAUCUUCAAGUUCAGUAUUAGUCAAUUGCUGUUCAUGGGUUAAUGGAUGUAAGGCAAGCACUAGUCCACUUUAGUCCAUUGAAUAGUCCCUUUGUGUGAAGAAGUGAAUCUAUUUAUCCCCUUCCAGGCUCUGGGGACACAUUUCAACACACUUGAGUGUUUUUGGCUGUUAGUUCAACAUUUGACAUAAAGGUGUCCAAAAGGACUUUUAAAGAAAUGCUUGUCAAUGAUAUUUUUUAAAAGAGGAAAGAGAGUUGUUCAAGUGCUGAAGAAGAUGCUGAGUGAAUAGGACACAGGAAUUUUAGAAAGCCAUAGGCUGGUUUGGGUUGGAAGGCAGCUUUAAAGAUCAUAUAGUGCAAUUUCCAUGCCGUGGACUGUGACAACUUCCACUGGACCAGGGCUCAAAGCCCUGUCCAUUCUGGCCUUGAACACUUCCAGGGAUGGGGCAUCAACAGCUUCUCUGGGCAACCUGUGCUAGGGCCUCACCACCCUCACAAUACAGAAUUUUUAAUUUAGGCUUUUGCUUCCUUUUGGUCUUUGAUACUAACAAAAGACUGUAGCAAUUAUGUUUGACUGGCAAAUGCUUUAUCAUUAUUAAUUAAUAAUUAUCAUUAUUAAUUAUUAUCAUUUAUUUCAUUAUAAUUGCUUUAUGCUUUAUCUUUCACUUUAGCCAAGUGAUGAACUCCGUUUCUGAUUUUUUUUUCUUGCCUGCAAACAAUGAUGUUCAGUAGAAUAUGGUGAGGAAAAAGAAGAAUCAAGAAGAAAGCAAAAGCUGCAACCAAAUGAGAUGAAGCAUAGGAUCCAAAAAAGAACAGUGGAAAGACGGCAUUAUCUGGUUUCCAAAGCGGUGGAGGAGGUGCAGAAAAUCAUCCAGCAGCUGACCGCAGAAAUCAGCUACAAGGCUGUGCGAUUCCAGGCUAUCUCCAACUCUGGCAUUCACAAUGAGAACAUUAAGGUCCUAGCACCCAGCCAGUUCCUCAUCACAGUUCCUCUGCGUGGCCUGACCGGUUACAGGGAAUGCCAGGUGCGGCACUGGCGCUAUUACACCGUGCAUGGAGCCAAGCUCCUCUCCUCCGUGCGCGACCCUGAGGAAUUGCAUCAGUGGCUGGAGGUGGAGCAGUUCUCAAAAAGCCUUCAGCAGUGGCAUGAAGAGGAUGUGAACAUCGAAGGUGAUCUGGUUCCAGCUAAAGUCCUUAUCGUCUUCCGGGAGCUGGUGGAGAAGUCGAUUGUCUCCUGUAACCUCUCCAGUAAAGUGACAGUGCUGGAGAGCUUCAGCUCAGUGGUCCGGCUGGCUGUGGAGACAUCAGAAUCCCAGGUUGAGGUGGAGCUGGUCCCUGCUGUGGAGAUUCCAACGUGCUGGCCCGAGAAAGCCCGGUGGCCUCGUUGCCUUAAGCGUUGGCCUUCUCAGGAAAAAGUGCAAUGCAUCAAGUCGCUGGGUUUCGACCUCCUAGCCCGCUCUAAUUACCACUGGCAGCUGUGCUUCUCCCGUGCUGAGCACAUCCUCAUGGAGGGACUUGAUGAAGAUGGUGGUUGUCGCAGGAAGUGCUUCAGGGUCAUGAGGCAGAUGAAGGAAGAUGUCUGGUGUGCUGGGAAUAAGCCUGUCAUCACAGCUUAUCACCUUCAGACAGUGCUAUUCUGGACGUGUGAAAAAUACCCACGCACCAAGGAUUGGCGCUGCUUCCCUGAAGCCUUUCUGAGGCUGGUACAGAAGCUGCACAAGUGUGUAAGCCAGCACUUCCUCAAGCAUUACUUUCUCAAGAACACCAAUCUGCUCAAAUAUGCCAACACCAGUGACCUGGACCUGAUGGCCAGCAAGCUGGCAGUCUUCUUGGAGAACCCUGUCUUCUGCCUGGACUAAGGCAGGCAAAGGUCUCACCCCAGCCCCGAGUGGAUCCCCCAGCUCCUCUCCCCACCUGUGGUUGCUCCCCGUGUCCUUCCAGUAGAUGUUGCAGCUGGCUCUGUGAGACAGUUGGCACAUGCAGCGCUAAAGAGAAGUGUGGAGCUGGCAGCGGUGGGCGGUGAAAACUGAUGGGAGGUAUCACUUGAUGCCCAGCUGAUCUAAUUUGCUUUCAACAGUGACAGCCUGCCUGGAAGCUACAGCCAGUGAAACCCAACUUUGUGUGUCAGUCAGAGCAGGCAACUGCCUUGUUCUGUGUCUCCAGUCUUGUGGCACCUAAGCUGAAAGGCAGCACAAAGGAGUCUCGCUCUGCUGCCUCUGUAACCUAGCACAUGUAUUGUUGCCGCAGUCGCCUUUCUCACAAGGACAGCGGGUUUAAUUGCCUGCUUACCUCACAGGCCAGCUCUGCAGAGGGGCAGAGGGGCAGAGGAACAUUUCCAAGGUGUUCUGGAAGCUGGAAGCUUUCUCAGAGGAAAUUCAGUUCAGUGAGAUCUUAUUCCAGUAGGAAUCCAGUAGGAAUUUAACCAUGCUGCUAGUGUUGAAGAGCUCAGUGGAAGCAAGAAGAGGAACAGUGGGUUUUGCCUCUUCAUUUUUCUCUCCUCCACUUACAUUUUUCUUCCAAUUGCUUCAAAUAUGUCUUUUUCAUGUUUGCCUUUGCCAGUUGUGUUAGUGCCAUACAAUCAGGGGGCUUUGACAGAGCAGAUUUCACUCCUAUCCCAGGCUCUAUCCAGCAGACUGGACUAGGAGCAGGUCCUUCCCUAGUUAUUUACACCAACAUAUUUUUGGGUGCAGUGCAGAAGGAGAGUAUUUUUCAAAGGCUCUUAGCUCCAAGACCCCCAGUGCUUUUAAUUUUGUGGAUAUUUCAAAACAAAAUUAAUUUUAGUAUUUCAAAACAGAGCUUUAGAAUUAAUAUAAAGAAUGUUGGGUUUAAUGUUACUAAAUCGCUGAAACUAAACCAAGAUAGGGGGGAUUUUGGAUUUGGUUUGGUGGGGUUUUUUUGUCACAUCUGUGCAGGAAAGUAAACAAGUCCUUUGCCAAGGGGGCUGGCAGAGAUGGGAUUUGCAUCCCAUGCUCCAGGGAGCUGCAUGAGGCGCAUCCGUGGCGUGGCAUCUCCCCAUCGUGGCAGACUGUGGUACUCCAGCACAGCCUCUGCCUCUGGAGCAGGCUGUCUUCUACAGUCUUUUGAGCAGAGCAGAUAUGGGUCAGAAAAGAUCCCAGCUGUGUGGUCCUGGUCUGGUCGUGGUCCUGUGUCUCCUGCAUCAGAUCUCACCACGUGCAGACCUGAUCCCACCAUGUAAAUGGCACCGCAUUGCUCCGAUCCUCGGAAUACCUUCCAGGUCUCCUUUCCACGUGGGUAACUGCAUUGUGUGGAGCUGUUUCAAACAGUUAACUUCUCUUGCUAAGCCUUUGUACUCCAGGCUCCCUAAAUGGGACACAAGUGUCAGUUUCAUGAUGACACCUCCUGUUCAAGUGUGGCUUUCCUGUUUCCUGUGAGCUGAGCUGUUCCAGUAAAGCGCAAGGAGAUGCCAAUCUGCCAGGCAGAGUCAGACAGCUGUGGCAAUGAAGUAAUGUCUCCUGUUUCAUCUUGAUUUUGUCUUAUGGUUGAAGGGCUGGCUUCUGAAGUUAGAGGAGGGCAAAAACAAUUCAAACUGUUCAAGGACAGUGCAAAACAUUCAGAGCUGUUAAUCCCAAAUUUGAUAUUUGAUAUUUUACUGUUCUGAUAUAUGGUCCUUUAGGGAUUUAGUUGUUGCUGUUGAAGAAUUUCUCUCUUUAUAGCUGGGUGAAAAAGAAAUGUUUCGGUGGUGACAUCUUAACUUGGAUGCAGCUGUGUACCAGAGUCCUCAGCUCCUGAGGUUCACAGCCUGCUGUGAAGCAAAGCCAUGGGCAUGCACCGUGUGCUGCACUGCCGUGACAUGGAAUGUUCCGCUGCUCUGCCAAAGUGGCAGCCUCUUACAGCCAGGAAUGACUCAGCAAAGCCAGGAAAUAACCACAGAACGAUGAACCCCUUCUUUGAGCCAAGUCUGAUCAGUUUUUACUCUAUUUUCUUCUUGUUUACACAAGCAAAUGCAUCAGCUAGCAUAAGCUGCUGCAGAAAGUAUCCUUACCACCACUGAAACAUGGAAGCUACAUUACUACUGACCACAGACAUAGGAACAGUCCUGCAGCUUUUGCUCCAGAACAGCAAGAUGUGAUACAGCUGGACGCUGGCAAAGGGAAAAGGCUUUGAGGAAAGGACUAAUGUGUUCAUGGAAGCAGUUGAAUACAAGAAUUAAUUCCUUUCAGAGACAUCUUUGAGAUACUAUCUUACAUCAUCUCGCGCAGGUCUGCUUGGGUGCGUGGGGUUUUGUUGUGAGGCAGUUUUUUGUGCUUGUGGGAGAGUUGUGCAGGAGGCCUCUUAUUAAAAAAACCAAACUUGCCAAAUAUAUUUGUCACAUUUCUUACCACAGUAAACUUUCUGCAAAUAGCUUUUCACUUAUACACCAAGCCUGACUGCAAAAUCAUGGCCUCAUCCCAAGAUUUUCCUCCAAAAAGAGAUACCACAUUG